CUGCGAGCGGCCCCCCGCGGUGGUGCGGGGGCGGACCGUGAUCGCGUCCGGGCCGAGAUGUUGGACCUUGGCCGUGGCUUCCUUCACGAUGCCGGUGUGGUCCUGCGUGUGGUGCACGCUACGGCACGAGUGUCUGUGCAGCCCGGACGGGGUGGCAGGUGCACCAGCAAUGAAGGCCCAAGGUCGUCCCGUUGCCAUGGUGGCGCACCUCAACGUCCGUCGCCGUAGCGAUUCCGGGAGGCCCAACACCCCACCGUGGGCAGCCUUGCCGCUGGUCCUCAGGAUAAGCAGCCGGUGCCUUCGGCCGUUGAGGGUCUCUACGUGGGACGAGGACGGGGAUCUCGUGCGGUGCCGCUACGCCACGCAAGAGGAGUGCGGAGCGUGCGACGCCGCCGUGCCCGGCAUUACGCUGCACGAGGAGGAGUGCGCGUUCACGUUUGGCAGCUCGCGGCACGCCGUCCCUGGGAAGUUCGUCGUCUCUGUGGUGGUGGAAGAUUUCCCCGCAUCGUCCUCCCAGGGCCCGAAUGGCCCCGCGAAGGCUCGAGCCUUGUCGUCCGUGCCGUUGCAGUUUACACUGAUAGUCGUCUCCCAGGCGGAUGGCGACUGCUCUGUGGAGCCGGCGUUCACCGGGAAGACUCCGAAGCACGGCGCAGUCUUCCGCGUGGUCGCCGGCACGCGGCUGGACGUCCCCGUCGACGUCUCGGUGUCCCGGCAUUCGCAGGGCGGCAGCAGGUGGCCGUCAGCGGAGCUGUUGGUGGUGUGCGGCGGGGCACUCGCCGGCGAUGUGGUCUCCGACCCCGCCACCCCAGGCCUCCUCCGCACGACCCUGCUGUGGGUUUCGCCCGCGGGGGACGGUGGCGGCAGCUCGAGAAGGAUUUGCUUUUACGUGGAGGACUCCGCCGGGCGACAGAGCGAGAUGAGGUGUUUUACCGUGGUCGUCACGGCAAAGAAGUGGCUCUCGUUCAAAGGCGCAAGACUCCUGGGCGGAGGGCAUCACAGCGGCCGUCCCCGCCGUGGACUGAUGCCGCCUGGAGAGCUCCGGGCCACGGGGUUCACCGUGGUGGACGCUCGCAGCAACGCGGAGACCGUCAACUUCACCGUCACGUUCAACCAGGAGUUCUCGCCGACGCGCGUCGCGGCCUUCGUGCGCCUGGUCUCGGUGCGCAGCGGCCACGAGGCCUUGCGGCUGGACGCGCGCACUGCGGCCGUGCGAGCGUCGCCCGCCCCGCGCACCGUCGCCUUCGCGGCGCCGCCGUUCUCGCUGCGCGGCGGCGAGCGCUACUGCGUGACCCUCGACGAGGGCGUGGUGCAGCUGAAGGCCAGCAACGUCCGCAUCAACUCCCAGCCGCGCACGGCCUGCGACUGGGUCUUCGCCCUGCCGCGCAAGGUGUACGCGUCGUGCUACGCGCAGUGCGACCCGCACUUCAAGUCGUUUGACGGGCGCCUCUUCGACUACAUGGGCACCAAGCCCGUGCUGCUUGCCGGCUUCUGCGAGCCCACGGGGACGGACGACGAGGGCUGGGCCGUGUACGGCAAGAGCGAGCACUGGGGCAGCCGCCGCGUAAGCUGGAUGGAGUCGGUCGUGGUCGAGGUGCACGGCUACAGGGUCACCCUGGAGCAGGGCUAUGUGAAGGUGGACGGCGCCUUCGUUAACAUGCCGUACAUGGAACCGGACUUCAAGUUCAAGAUCUACAGCUCCAAUCACUACUUCGUGCUGCGCACCAACCUCCACUUCUCCGUCAAGUUUGGCGCCUCUCGUGUGGUGGUGGAGCUGGAGAACUCUGCCCUCUACCGGGGUGCCCUCUGCGGGCUCUGCGGGAACUACAACGGGAGGAAGGACGACGACUGGCAGCUGCCUGGGCAGGGUGCCACCCUCACGGCGCACGACUUCGGCAACUACUGGAUCAGCGGCAGCAUCCGCAUGAGCGGCGUUCCCGACGACGGCUCCUCGUCGCUGCUGCAGCUCAACGCGAGCCUGGUGGCCGUGGCCUCCGAGGGGCGGCGGUGCGGCCUGCUGACGGACCCGCGGGGCCCACUGGCCGCGUGCGCCGGCACGGUGAGCCCGGCGCCGUACUUCUCGGACUGCGUGUACGACAUGUCGGCGGAGGAGGGCGUGCAGGCCUACGUGGCGCUCUGCCUCGCGCUGCAGGCCUACUCGGACGACUGCUACGCCGCCGGCGUGCCCGUCGACCCGCGCUGGCGCACAGUCACCGGCUGUGAGCUGAGCUGCGGGCCGAUGCCGCGGUCGAUGCUGUCGCUUGCCGCCUCCUCGUGCCCGGCGACCUGCGCCGACCCCGACGCGGGCCUGGACUGCGGCGACCCCGUGGUGGAGGACUGCGUGUGCGUGCCCGGGCACCUCUGGGACAAGACGCGCUGCGUGGAGCCGGCCGCCUGCGGUUGCGUCGUCGACGGGAAGUACUACUCGAUUGGCGAGAAGUUCUUCAACGAGGACUGCAGCGAGCACUGCGCCUGCCUGGAGCGGGAGCGGGUCGACUGCGAGCCCGUGUCCUGCGAGCCGCCACUGCAGCACUGCGGCGUCAACGAGUACGGCACCCACGGCUGCCUGCACAGCUGGAUGAUCUGCUCGAGCGGCGGAAGCCAGCACUACGCCACGUUUGACGGGCGGGCGUACGAGUUCUAUGGGACGUACACGUACACGCUGGCCAUGACGCGCAAUGUCUCGUCGUCUGGCGCGUGGCGCGUCUUGCUGAAGAACUCCCCCGUGCCAGGCUCCUUCAUCCAGUCUCGGCCCAAGGCGGUCUACAUUGACAUUGCCGGCCUCGAAGUCUCCUUCCUCGCCGGCAAACGAGUCCUGGUGAACGGCCGGUCGGCUCGGAUUCCCUUCUACCACCCGGACACGGGCAGCGAUCCCGAGGUGGUGCUCUCGUACGCGGGCAACCACCUCCUGCUGGAGGCUCGCGUCGGCCUGCGCGUGCUCUUCGACGGGCGGCACGUGCUGGUGGCGGCGCUGGCGACGCACGCCGGGCUCGUGACGGGCCUCUGCGGCAACUUGGACGGCGACGCCUCCAACGACAUGAGGCUGCCGAGCGGCGUGCCCACCAGCCACGCCGGGACGUUCGGAGACUCGUGGAGGGUGUCGCGGCCGUGGGAUAGCGGCUUUGAGCAGGGCCAGACCAAGCUGCCCAGCGUCGUGAACCAAGAGCUGGCGACCCGUCUCUUGUGGUGCGGCCGCCUGCUGGACGCGACGCUGUUUGGCGUGUGCCACGAGCAGGUGGCGGUGCAGCCCUACUGGCAGCGCUGCGUGUGGCACGUGCGCCACUCGGCAAAGCCAGCAGCGAUGCGCGCCGCGCUAUGCGCGUCGCUGGACCUCUACGCCGUGGCGUGCGCCCUGCGGAGCGUCGCGCUGCCCGACUGGAGGACCGCGGCCAGCUGCGCCCUGCCCAGGUGCCCGCCUGGCAGCCACUACGAAGUGUGUGCACCCGGCUGCCCCAGCACGUGCGCCGUUCCCACGGCGGACGGCCUGUGCCCUGUGCGGCCGCCCUGCCUCGACGGCUGCGUCUGCAACUUCGGGCGCGUGUGGAGCGGCCACCGCUGCAUCCUCCCCGCGCAGUGUGGCUGCGUGGUCGGAAGCUCCUACUACCAGGCUGGAAGUCUCUUCCUGAACAGUAACUGCACGGAGUUGUGCUCGUGCCGGACGGGAGGAGCCGUCGUGUGCUCGGCGUUCCGCUGCUCUGGGCAGUGCAUCCUCGAGGACGGGGAGUACCUGUGCUCCGAGCGCAUCAAGCGCUGCCAGGUGACGGGAGAUGCUCACUACAGCACAUUCGACGGCACUGCACUGGACGUGGACGGCACAUGCAGCUACACGCUCGUGAGCGUCGCGCAGAGGCCGGACUUCUCGGUGUACGCGCGGCACGAGCGCAGCGCCCUGCCGCCCCACGCCACCGUCGUGGUCGGGGUCUACAUCCGCGUCCAGUCGACCACCAUCGCGCUGGAGAGGGGAUUCAACGUUUACCUGAACGGAGUGCGCCAAAACCUGCCGCUCUUCAGGAUACCCUUCACCGCUUUCGAGAACGCACGCGACAUCGUCGUGCUCGGCCACGACCUCGACUUCUUGGUGCGCUACAAUGGCUGGGCGUCCUUCUCCAUCGAGGUGGGACCGGGCCUGGCUGGCGCCACCGCGGGGCUGUGCGGCGACAACUGACGGGCGGCCGGACAAUGUCACGAACGCCGUGGGCUCCUCGUCGCCGUGGCUCAUCCGCCCUGUCGACUCCACCGCCUGCGUCCCCUUGGCUCCUCCGGCCCCGGUCCCUCGGCUUCCCCCUCCUCCGUCACUGCGGCUGAUGGCGGCGGCGCAGACGGCGUGCGCGGUGCUGAGCGACCCCGCGGGGCCCUUCGGGGUGUGCCACG